AACUCGACAUCAUUCUGACUUCCGACUUCGACUUCAGAGCUCCAAGUAGAACCUUCAACUCAGCCAAGAUGCGCGCCUUCAUCGUCCUGUGCCUCGUGGCCAUCGCCUCCGCCGACAAGCUGGGCUACAACUACAAGCCAGUGGGCCACUCCAGCUCCGGACUGUCCUUUGCUCCUGGCAGUGGAUCGUUGGGAGGCCUAGGAGGUGGAUCUGGAUCCUUGGGAGGCCUGGGAUCCCUGGGAGGCGGCAGUGGCUCCCUGGGAAGCCUGGGAGGUGGAUCUGGCUCUGGCCUGGGAUCCUUGGGAGGCGGCAGCAACUUCGGCAGCCUGGACAGCGGUCUGGGUGGUGGCUCCUUCGACCUGGGAUCCUCUGGACUGGGCUCCUCCGGACUGGGAUCCUCUGGACUGGGAUCCUCCUUGGGCUCCGCUGGUCUGAGUGCCCCCGUCUCCUACAACGCCCCCGCUCCCUCGGCCGAACUCGAGAAGGAGUUCUUCACCUUCACCGCCAACGAGGAGGACUUCGAUGAGCCCCAGGCUUUGGAACGCGUUGCCAGCUCCGUGAACAAGGGACUGCGUGUUGUCUUCAUCAAGGGACCCGAGAACCGUGGCCUGGAGAACGCCGCUCUGGCUCUGGCCAAGCAGGCUGCCCAGCAGGAGACCGCCAUCUACGUGCUGAACAAGCAGGCCGAUAUCGGAGAUCUUGCCCAGAAGUUGAACGCCAUCCGCAGCAACUCGAACAACAAGCCCGAGGUGCACUUCGUCAAGUACAGGACCCCCGAGGAUGCCGCCAAUGCCCAGCGUGCCAUCCAGUCGCAGUACGAUCAGCUGGGAGGAUCCUCUCAGGCCAUCAACGGUGGCGUUGCCAAUGCCCUGAACUUCGCCUCCGCUGGACCAGUGCGUCAGGCUCAGGCCCAGAUCCCCGAGAACUCCUACCUGCCCUCCUCCGUCCUCCGUCGCCUGCGUUUCCGCAAGUAAGAUGUGGGUUACAGGAUGUGCCAUGUAGCUUCUAGCUGCUCCAAUUGUUGACUUUUUGUGUUAUCUAUUGAUUUGUCGAACGAACCCCUCAAAUACAAUUUUUUCUUUAUUUUAA